AGCGGCUCCGCGCCUGGCAGCGAGCGCGGCAGCGUCAGCGGCGCGGCGCUGCCGCCGCUGCCGGUCGGCGUCACCAAUGCGGGGCGGCUGUACGCGUGCGAUGUGGAGGGCUGGCCGCCCACCCUGCAGGUCCUCUGCGAACACAUGGAGCACGAGCUGCCCUUUCACAGGGAGCCCCUCGCCCUGCAGCUCGAGGCGAUGGCCGCGGCGCCUGGCAGCGGCAGCAGCGGGCACGGCGGCGGCGGCGGCGGCGGGCGCGGGGCGCCGGGGCCGCCGGCGGUCGGGCCGGCGCUGGCGGACGCACACUUGGUGGACCUGCACCCUGCCAGCUGGUUUGCUGCCGCGUGGUACCCCGUGUACCGCAUCCCCGAGUCGCCGCUGCCGGCGCGAUUCCUCUGCUUCUACUCGCUGGCGGCGCCGCUGCAGCUGCUCGCAGAGGCCGAGGCCGCGGCAGGCGCGGGCGGGGGUCUGCCGGCCGGCGCGGCCGGGCUGCGGCUGCCGAUCGUGGGGCUGAAGUGGUGCGACUUGCGAGGCGAGCGGUGGUUUGAGCCGAUCGCGGCAGAGGACCCUGCGGCGCACGCAGACGGCAGCGACUGCGGCAGCGACUCCGGCAGCAGCGGCGGCGACGACGACGAGGAGGGGCAGGCCGACGGGGCUGGCGGGUCCGGCCCGGCCCCCAAGGACAAGGAGCGUGGCGACGAGGAUGCUGGUGCGCCCAGCGGCGGCCAGGAGGGCGGCGCAGAGGACCGCGGCGCCGAGGCGGACGGCGACGCGACGAGCUGCAGCAGCGGCAGCUGCAGCUGCUGCGCGCCGGCGGCCGCGUCCGCCAAAGGCGGCGCCCCGGGCGGCGGCUGGAGCGAGCUGGAGCUCACAGCGCGCCUGGAGGAGCUGCAAGCGACGGCCGAGCGCCUGGCGCGCGGAUCGUGGCUGCGGGUCCUCGACGCGCAGGGGGCGCGCGCCCUGAAGCUGUACCACUCGGACUUUGAGUUCUUCUACUCGCGAUCUGGUUGA